GAUCCCACCGACGAAGCUGCGGUCACACCCUCCAAAUCUCGCAGCUUCUCCGAUCCGCCCAGCGCCCAACUCGCGCCAUCACCCACCUUCCGAGAGCGGGUACGGCAAGGCAGCAAGGACGACCAUGCACUCCCUCGUACCCCCGCCGGCCAGGGUCACUCUUCCGGCUUCCACAGGCCGGAGUUCGUCGCUCGCGGACUGUCGUUGCAGAUGCCGCAUAUGCCCUCGCCCGCCCACUUCAACCGCACCGCUGCUCCUCUGAGCCCGAAGUUGGACGAGCGUGACGUCUUUGUGCAAAAUCAGGACCUAAGUGCAAGCCCGGCGACAUCAUUACCUCGACAUUCACGCGGCUUGGACUUUGCGCGGGCGUGCACCAAUCUGCAUCAUACGACCAUUGCGGAGCAAAGCUCGCCGGAUUCCAGCCCGGUCAUUACGCAGCGAGGAAUGGCUAUACCGUACCGAAAGGGUAGCGUGAGCAGUAUGAUGCUCGAUUCGCCUGCAUUUGGUGGAAGUGCCGGUGCAACAUGGGGCGCUCCGAUUACGCAAGAAAGGAGUGUUGUGAGCAGCUCGGUGGGCAGUGUGAAUAUGAUGGCUAGCGACAGUGAAGGCACAGAUAGCGAUGGAGAUGCGAGUAUGGGCGGUGACGAUCAGGAGGACCCCAUCUACACUACGCCGCAAGUACACAAGUUGCAGAACCCAAAUGCACCCACGCCGUUUCAGCCUGGACCGCAGACGCCUGGCGGAGGGAUGUGGGGCAACAGCAACUUCAGUCCGGCGCAGGCAUCGCUCAUGAAGACGAUGAGGAGGACACGGCUGCACAAAAGCAGUCGAAAGAGCCGCAAGAGCUCCAGCAGCGCCAGUAACAGCGGGUACAGCUCGCUUGCCUCGCCUCGAACCACAUCUCCACCACCUAUGAGAAGCAUCGAAAGUGCGGCUACUACGCCCGGCGGGGGUUACUUUGCUUGGCAGGCGAAUGCGACAAGGAGCAGACGUGAGAGCUUGGCACUGGGUACAGAAGGCAUUCAUUUGAGCAGUGGUAACGACAGCGGAGACGAGGCGUCACUUACAGCACCCAGCACGCCCGGUGUUGUACGGCGACCGGUGACUCGACGAGGUAACCUGCUACCGAAGACGAAAGGCUUCGCUCGUAUCCGAGCUGCACUGGCAGAAGAAGCAGCGCCCGAAGUAACCGAAAUCCGCCGAGAAAGCGAGACAAUACGGCAAGUGCGCGAGCGCGACAACAGCGUGGUAGACCUCGAUCUCACCCACGAGGUCCGUCCUGGCACCGCCGAAUCAAGUCCAAAUUUAUUACCUGCUGUGCCAGAGAGUGCUCAAGAAGACUUUGGCCAAGAGCUUGACGGAGAUAAUACUGGCAACCAAAAAGGCCUCGGCAUGAACUUCGCCAGUCACGCCUCCCGUAACAGCGGCGGGCUGGACUACUGGAACCGCUUCGACCCAGCGAUGCGUACACCACCACCUCCUACCUUCAACAGACAAAGUAGCAGCAUGAUGUCAGACUUCAACAUGGACUCUCCAAACCCUAACGCCCCAAGUGGCAUCCUCAAUGGCAGUGACGCGUUCUGGCGGCGUCCGCGAGCUCGGAGCUCUGCCAGUGAUGCGUCGGACGCCUUCACGGCUCCCACGCUCAGCAACACUACCACAGCAGCAAAUACCAUCAAUGACGACGUAGCGCUGAAGAAAUUCAAACGCCGCCGUGAAGAUGACUUUGACAUUGCUACCAUCAAGCGCCGAGCCGUCUCACCCGGCAUGAGUGCUCAAAAUAGCCCUGUGCUUAUGCACUCGCCUUCGCAGCGUGAGGGCAGUUUCGGUGGGGCAUGGGGUCAGCCUCCGGAGAAGAAGAGGGACGGCGGGCAGUUGUCGUCUGCGGGCUCGGAUUCUAACGGGCACCCGCCACUGCAGACUGUCCGGUCGAAUAGCGGAGGAAGUGUAGUAAAUGGUAUGACGCCGAACGGUGGAUUGCCAGUUCAGGGGAAGAAAUUGGGGUUGCAAGGGAUGGUGGACACGAACGACGGACUGAUGAAGAUGAGUAUC